AAGCUAAAGUCUUCCCCAAAAGCUCAUUUGCUUCUCAUUGAUCUCUUUAAAGCAAAACCCAUCAAAAUGGAAGAAGAGGAAGACAUGUUGCCACCCUUUUGGCUACAACAGGACGGCGGCCGGCGCCGCCGUCUCCGCCGCUCGUACUCUCUCUUGUUCAGCUCUGGUACUCUUCUUGUAUUCAUCAUUGUCACAGCUUGUGUGAUUGUCUUCAUCGUAUUUCCUACAUUGCGCUCUUUCACUUCUCAUAUAUUCAGACCGCAAUCAGUGAAGAAGAGCUGGGAUUCUCUGAAUUUGGUGCUUGUUCUCUUCGCCAUUGUUUGUGGAUUUCUUAGUAGAAAUAGCAAUGAAACCCCGCGUUCAUAUGAAGAUCGAAGCUUCUCAGAAGCAGCUUCUGCUCGAGAGUAUGUGAAAUCGAAUCCAGAAACACCAACGAGGCCGUGGUAUGAAUAUUCCGAAUCAGAUCGUACGGCGUUUAACAGGUUGAGGAGUUUCAAUUCCUACCCCGAUCUCCGGCAAGAGUCUUUAAGGAUCGCCGGCGAUGAGAGAUGGCGAUUUUACGACGACACCCAUGUUGGGGGUUACCGUGGAUCGGACUUAGAUGAUCAACGGCAGCUCCGCCACAGCCGGGUAAGAUCGGAGGUAGUAGAAGAGGAACAGAGUGUUAUCAAGAACAUAGCCGUCGACUCUUUUGUUGUUCGUGCCAAGGAAGUUCAUAGUGCGGCCCCGAUACGGGAGACGCAACAACCAAAUAUUUCUCCUCAUCCACCACCACUAUCGCCGCCGCAAGUUCAACCCAAUGAAGAUGUUCGAAGAUAUGCAAAGCGAACAUAUCACGCCGCUGGAAGAUCGGGGAUGAUUGAUAAAGAGGAAACAGUUGAAUUGGAAGUCAGAGAAUCCCAACCACCGCACUCGACAAUGGUGACGUCAUCGCCGCAGACAGGUCCGCCCGCUAAAGGUGUCCGAAAAAAUUCCAGGCGAACAUAUCGAAGUUCAAGGCCAGCUCCAAUGAUUGAGAAAGAGGAAAACAGUGAAUUGGAAGUCAGGAAUUUCCCGCCACCAUCACUAUCAAUCCCGCCGCCGCCUCCUCCUCCUCCGCUGCCAGUAUUCUAUCUGUCAUCAGAGAAGAAGACUGGCCACGAUAAGAAAAAAAGAGGGAGUGCGACUAAAGAGUUCUUAACAUCAUUGAGGGGGAAGAAAAAGAAACAAAGACAGAGGAGUGUCGAAAAUUUUGAAAGCAUUCUGAACUCUCAAGCUUCACAACUGCCACCAUCUACGCCGCCUCCCCCUCCUCCUCCGCCGCCGCCGCCACCGUCAGUUUUUCAUAAUUUGUUUUCUCCCAGGAAAACCAGACAGAAGAAAGUUCACUCUGCUCCGCCGCAGACACGAGUAUCAAAAGCCCAGAAACACCCCAUAUCAAAAGAGAGAGAAAUCUUCAACAGCACGGAAGGAAAUGUUUUUACUGGCAAUGAGUCACCUUUGAACCCAAUCCCCCCACCACCUCCGCCGCCGCCGCCGUUCAAGAUACCGGCAUGGAAGUUUCGGGUGCAGGGUGAUUUUGUCAGAAUCGAUAGCGUUAGAAGCUCCCGUAGUAAUUCGCCAGCUAUAGACGAAGGUGUGGACUCGCCAACCAAUCACGAACAGCCUGCGACACCGCUGUUGUUCUGUCCAAGCCCCGAUGUUGAUACUAAAGCUGACACUUUCAUUGCGAGGUUCAGAGCUGGUUUGAAGUUGGAGAAGAUGAACUCAAUGAAAGAGAAGCAGGAUAUAGGGAAGUCCAAUCUAGGCCCUUCCUGAGUGUAGAAAGCAGAGAAUCAACUGGACUAGAGUGAGGUUGCUAAUUACCGUAUUCUUUAAAUAUUUAUACAUAUGUAUUCUUUUGUUCUUUGCUAGAAUUUUCCUGAAUGCUUCAUUGUUUUUGCAUGUACUCUGAGAUCAAACUCCGAGAAUAGGAAGGAUUCGCGAUUCCCUGACAUAGAAUUAUUGAAUUACAUUUUCUUUGGGUAAUGUAUAUGCGUUUGAAAUUAUUAGUUUUGAAUGUGUGAUUGUAAUGUCAUUUAUGCA